GAUUUGGUAGCCACUCUUCCUUUUUUUUUUUUUUUCUUCUUUCUUGUCUUUUCACUUUUUUUUUUUUUUUUUUUCAUGCGACCGCGCCGCCGCUCGAUCGGGGCAGGCGUUCCCGGCGGAUGCACGCAAAAGACGUGGCAGGUGCUCGUGGGCUUGCUCGCGCUGACGGUGGUCGUGGUGAACGUCAUCUUCAUUGUGCACAUGCGCAAGGACCAGCAGACGCUCGAGGACGAGCACGAGCACCUCCUGCAGAACCUGAUCGCCGACAACGGCAUUGACAAUGGCAACGGCAACGGCAAUGGCAAUGGCAACGACCGGCUCGGGCUGGGCGAGCUCGAUGUGGCUGGCGAGAACGAAGACGCCCGCCAGCGACGAAUCCGCCUCGCCGCGCUCUUGCACGACCAGCAGGAGCACCGCCGCGUGGGACAGCGGAUCAGAGUCAAGCCGCAGCAGCAGAGCAGCGGCAACGACCAGGCGCAGGGGCAACAGGCACAGGUGCAGGACGCCCAGGUUGCGCGCGCUGAGGCCGAGGUCAAGGCCGCCGAAGCUGCCGUCGCUGCAGCGCUGCAGGCUGCGCAGAAUGCUUGGGUGCCGGGAACACUGGACAUCACAGCCGAGUCUGGCAAGCAAAUCGGGCGCAUCACGAUCAACGGGGAAGUGGUCUUCCAGGAAAAGGAAGCCAACGACAAGGGUCGAGGAUUUAACGUUGCCAUCGUCAACCAGUUUAAUGGUAAAGUCAUGGCAAUACGGACCUUUGACACCUACUUGGAGGGUGCUGAAGAGGCCUUGAUUCCGUUCUUGAGUGGCAUUCAUGCUGGUCGUAUUGUCGUGAUGACCAUCAAGGACGAAGGUACAUUUAUGCUGCACGACGAAGCGCGCAAAUCCAUCGCAGACCAUCUCGGUGCCACAAUGGUGAAGGGACUGCACUGGCGCGACAUGUACGCCAUCAUUGGCCGAAAGGGCGUCCCGAGCUUUCCGCCAUCCGAGAAGGUGUCGCGCUCUCCCAACCUUGACUCUUGGGGCGAAAAUGUGUCCACCAAGGCAACUAUUGCGCUCGAAAACCCGGCUGAAGUCACAAAGUGCAAGUGGGACCCCACUCCCGAAAAUGCUCGCCGAAGCGUCUUUUGCAAUGCUCACGAGGGCUAUGGCACGUUGUGUGACUGCAACAACCCCGACGAUUUGAACAUUGUCCCAACAGCUGCGGGAAUCGAGUUGGAAAACCUCCAAAACGUUCCCGUCAUUGUCAUGGCAAGCAACCGCCCUCAGUACCUGUACCGCAUGCUCCGCUCGCUGCUGGCCACUGCUGGCAUGACACCAGACCGCAUCAUUGUAUUUAUCGAUGGCAUGCUGCAGGAGGUGUUUGACGUCACCGAGUUGCUGGGCGUGCGCGGCGUCAUGCACGAGCCGCAGGGCGAGAAGAACGGGCGCAUCUGCUACCACUACAAGUACUCGCUGACACGUCUGUUUGACGAGAUUGCUCCGAGCGCGCCUUACACCAUCAUUGUCGAAGAGGAUUUGGAGGUUUCGCCCGACUUUUUGCAGUACUUUGACCAGACACUCCCGCUCAUGGAGCUGGACCCGACCCUGUACUGCAUUUCGGCAUGGAACGACAACGGCUACAUGCACUCGACCAAGGAUGCCGCGCUGCUGUACCGCAUUGAAACCAUGCCCGGCCUGGGCUGGCUCCUCUCGCGAAAGCUGUACAAGGACGAGCUCGAGUCCAAGUGGCCCGCACCGGAAAACCGCUGGGACUGGGACAUGUGGAUGCGCCUGCCGACCAACCGCAAGGGACGCGAGUGCAUCAUCCCGGACAUUUCGCGCACCUACCACUUUGGCGCGAGCGGCGUCAACAUGAACUACUACUUCCAGAAGGCCUACUUUGGCAACCACCGCAUCAACAAGCAGGCCGACGUGGACUUGCGCAAGCCCGAGCGAAUGACUGCCAAGUUGUACGAAGAGGAUUUGCGCGCGCUGCUGGCCAAGGGUGUGCCAUUGCGCGGCACCAAUCCGUGCAAGGAGGGCUUCUUCCCCUUCCCGUUCAUUUACGGCUUGAACGAAGCCUUGGGCGUGACGGGCAAGCACCCCGGCAUUGGCAUUGGCAUUAACAAGCCUGAAAUCGAGACUGGCUUCUCGGCCGCCGAGCUCGACCAGCCGCCCUACCUCAUCUUUUUCAAGCAGAACUCGGAAACCGAGUUUGAAAACUGGAUGCGUCUGGCUCAAUGCUUCCGCGUCUGGGAUUUAGAUGUGCGUGGACACCACAAGGGUCUGUUCCGCUUCUGGCUGGAAGGACAUCAGAUUAUGGCCAUUGGCGACAAGUCCCCAUAUUAUAACGAGUACCGCCCGACAGGCAACUUUUCUCCUCUUGAUAUUACCGGAAUCGAGGCCAAGUUCAAGGCCGAGAAAGAAAAGAACAAGAAGGGCUAAACUGUAGCAGUAUCUGUUUUUCGGUUGUUGUUCGUUGUGGUUGGAAGCAAGAGUGUAAGCAAAAGAAAAAAAAACCCCA